UCCGCGGCCAGAACAAAUUAGCCGGUAACAAAUCCGCUGGUGUGUAAGUGUACAACUGUUCCAACUGGAAUUAUACGGGAUCUUCCUGCAAUCAUGGCGGGCUUUGGAGAUGAAGGUCAUUCAGACAAUUGUAGCUUCUUGCAUUCUGUAGCAAAGAAAUCUAAGGUUCAGAAAAAUUCAAGCAUUGUUGCAGCUUUACAAAGAGUGCCUUCGGAUUUGCAGAAAGUUGGUUGUCCUGCGUGCAGUUUGAAAGUGUCUUUGAAGCGGGUCAACGAACACUUGGACACAGAGUGUCGCUUUUUUGAAGGGCCAUUACAUGCCAAUACGAUUGGCGAGGGUCUAGGUGAAUCGUGCAGCAAGGCAACAAGUGAUCACGAAGAUGUUUCUAGAUGUCCACGAUUCACUGCCAAAAUUGACCAAGAAAUUUCUCAACGUAUUGGCACUAAGUUGAAAGGACUUGUUGCCAAUCGAAGAGCCAGCCAGUCAUUUAAAUCGUCGCGUGAUAGAAGACGUAGAUCAAGCACAGUCGGAAGCCAGAGGCCUAACCUUACAGCAUCAGGAUUACCUGUAGGAGGUGGAAUGUGUGAGCUUGCUGAUAGCAUGGUUGAUAGCUGUGAGCAGAGACAUUCAAUCAAGAAACUGGACGGAUCAAAUCAUGAAGGAAAUAGAGAUGGAGUUCUUGUGACUGAUCCGUUUUCUUCCUCAAUGGAUUCCUCAUCUGCAGUUUCUUCCUCAAUGGAUUCCUCAUCUGCAGAUGAUUGUUUGCCCUACUAUUUAAGGAACUUUGUGACCAUUUUGGAUACAGUGCUUGGUUGUAAUGACAGGCAACUGUUUAAUGAGGAAGACAUUUCUGUUCUGGAUAGUUUCCAGCAACUUUCCUUGGGUAGUAAGAAGUUAUAUGUUCGACUGUUUCAUCGGAACUACCGCUGGUUGAGUUUACAUAAAGUGGAGUAUCCUGACAUUAGCACUGACCUUUGUGAUCAUGUUGAUGAGUUAAUUGCUUCAUCGCUUUUGGAAUCAGGUGACUAUGAUGAUCUUCAAUCGACACUGUCAUUAGUGUCAGCACCAGAUCUAAGACAAAUAGCUAAAUCACUGCACAUUGCUAUACCUCUGAGCACUUCUUUUAUUCGACCUAAGAAUCAACUUAUCCAGGCUCUGCUUGAUUACAGCAGAAAACAGCGCUCACUGCUGCCCUUUACCUCUGCUGAAGAUGGAGUCAGUCAUUUCAAUUCUAUGAAAAAUGUUCUCCAGAAGAAAGCUCAUGCUGUACUGGGCAGAUUAUUUCGCAUUAACAAGGCAACACAAGCAGUGUUUGAAAGAGUUCUAAUCUUGUUCUCUAUGACAAGAUCUUUGGAGGAUGACGAACAAUCCACAACUGGAAAGUCUGAAAUGUGAGGUACUGCUGAGAGCAGAGGCAGGACAGGACUCUUAAUG